CUUUCCUCAAGCACCAGGACAAACGAAAAGAAUUAUAUAAUGUGGCCAAUAUCAACAGAGAAUAAUAAGAAAAACUACAUAUAAAUACAUCUACAUUGUAGCACUACAACUACACUAAUCUACAAACGAAUUUACAACGCAGACUACAUGUUUUUUGGUCUUUAGGCUUGCCAAUCAAUGUUAAAAGUGGAGCGAAUAAGGACAUGCCUAAUUCGUUUAAAGAGCUGAACCAAAAUGUACGAAGUGAUAAUAAUGGACUUAAUUAAUCUCAAGUGGAACCCGUAAAGCUAACUUAUACCCAGAGAGAUUCUAUUUUAACUAUGCAUUAAGAAUAAAUAAUUUGUAAAAGAUAAUAAUAAGUAAAAAAUAUCAACACACAAAAUAAAUAAAUAAAUAAAAAUAAACUAUGUAAAUGAAGUAAGAAAUGAACAAAAUUAGAGAGAAAGAUAAUGUAAAUAACAAGUUUGAAUAAGUAAACAAAGUGGAUCAACUCAAAACAAAAACAAAGAAUAAGCAGCCCAGGAAAUUGAAUCAACAUCAGACAUUCCCGUACUGAUCAUGUCUAGGGUAGACGUGCAAAGCACAUAGAAUCACGGAAACUGAUAAAUGGGUUUUACAUGCAAGGUGAAGAUAACGAACAGUGAUCAAUCUCAUAACUCCUACAAGCAUGUAAGCAAUCGGUUAUGAAGGUCAAAGUAAUUAAAAGGGGUGGGCUGAUUGUAAACGAAUUGAAAAGAACAAAAUGUGUUCAAUAAUGGUCAUAGUACCACUGUUAGGGACAUGAUCAGACGAGUAGGUCUAGAUGAAGCUUAAAAUCUAGUAAGAGUUUAGCCCGUAUUCAUCCUGGUGAAGUCAGUAGGUUUGUUGAUACCAUGCGGUUCAAAUGACUUCAAUCUGUGCAUCCAGAAUUUUUCCUUCGGCUUUCUUUCGGUAUCUGACCAACUAGGGUCAUGAUCAAUAACCACUACUGUCAUGUCCUCCCAUCGGUGGUUAUUGCCAUUGAAAUGUGUGGUUACUGGCAAAUCUUUUUGGGUUCUGAUGGAGGACCGGUGGUUGUUGACCCGUCUGCGAAGGUCUGUUGUUUCUCCUAUGUACUGCUUCUGGCAGACAUCGCAACUGAUGAGAUAGAUGCAGUUAUUGGUUUUGCAGGAAAAGUUUCCCAAUAUUUUAUAACUGUGACCCUUGACAGGACUACUAAAACCCUCAGUGCCUGAGCUAUAUUUGCAUAAUUGACAUCUAAGGUCUGAGCAUGUUUUGAAAUCUCCAUUGGGUAAAGGGUUAUCCAGUUUGGUCCUUACUAUCAUGUCCUUCAGGUUUCUGGGACGUCUGAAGGAUGCCAUCGGUGUUUUUUCAGAAUACCGUUGAUGUUCUUGAGGGCGGGAUGAUACGUAGUGACCAAUGGAAUCCUGUCAUUCUGAGGUUUUUCUAUAUACUGGAGGAGGGACUCUCGGUCCUGUAGUCGCGGAUUGUACCUUGCAAGGAUCAUAUCCUCUGUUAAUGAGAUGAGUUUUGAGGAUUGUUCCUUGUUCUUGGAAAACAGUACGAGUAGAGCAGAUGCGGCGGAUUAGGCACACCUUUGAAAGUAUGGGGUGGAUGACAACUAGAUGGCAUAAGAUGGAUCCUUUCACUCUGAUGUUCCGAAUGACAAUGGACGGUGAACGCAAGACUGUAAACGGAGAGCACAUGUUCAUGAAGUGGUCGGCGAUUGGUCAGUUGUUUGUGUCAAUAGACCUCGCCAUUGAUCGGCGACUUUGUACAAGACACGACAGGGAGACUACAUUUAUCAACAUGCCGUUUGAGGAUUUAGUACACAUUGACGACUGCUGUUUCCCGCCUUUUCCACCGCUACAGAAGGACGCCAGGAAACACUUAGAGGCUGUAAGAGAUAUGAAGACCAAUGAGGACGAUGUUAUCUUGCUUACCUAUCCAAAAUGUGGAACACAUUGGGUUUGGGAGAUCAUUGUAAUGCUUCUCAAAAGAAAAGCAGAAUAUCACCAGUGCGUCAGAGAACACAUAUUUCUGGAUUCUGUUGACCUAUCUUCUCUGGUUAGUCUACCAUCUCCUAGGGUGUUCAAUACACACAUACCUUUUCGAUGGUUACCACAGGAACACUUCCGUAAAGGACGCAAGGUUGUCAACAUAGUCAGAAACCCUAAAGAUGUAGCAGUUUCGUUAUACUGCCAUUGGCAUUCCUCCAACGAACUUGGGGUCGGAUCCCUCUCUUGGUCAGAUUUCUUCGAAGAAAUUGUGGUCAAACAGUAUAAAAAUGUUUUCGGGGGAUACUUCGGUUUCCAAAAAGAACUUUAUCGUGCUGUUAAGUCUAACCCAGAGUAUUCUAUUUACACUAUGUACUAUGAAACAUUGAAACAGGAUUCAGUCUCCGAGAUACUCAAUCUAGCAGGAUAUCUGGGAGUCACGUGUUCUAGGGAACUAGCAGCCGAUAUAGCUGACAAAUGCAGUUUCCAUAAGCUGCAGCAUGCCUCCGAUAAUUUGAAGGAUCAUGGGGAAGUGAUGAAAAUUAUGAAAGAAAUGGGACGGGAACCUCCCAAAUUUUAUCGAAAAGGUGAAGUCGGUGACUGGAAGAACUGGUACACGGUCUCACAGAAUGAGCGACACGAUGCCAUGAUAAAAGAAGAAAUGAAAGACAUUGAUUUUGAUCUGCAGCUCAUCUACGAAAGUAAUCGGUGUUAUUUAAAUUAAAUUAUAGUCCUCAAAAUUCUUGUAUAGGUUGUAUGUUUCCUUAAAAUGAUUAUCAUAUGUUCGUAUGAAACUUUGCUUAUAUAUAAUAAAUAGUAUUAUCUCGAUA